CAAGGAAAGGGAACGAACGGGAGAUGGGAGAUGUCAAUUGUUAACCUAACUCUGCUGAUUGUUGAUUGUUAUCAAGACAUGUUUUAAUUGAUGUUUUAUUUAUUUUCAGUCUAUAAUCUGAGCAAGCAUGGACUUUGUUGAUUAUAUGAGAAGAUGUCGAAGGCGAGUGUAUGAAAUAUGUUCCAGUUCAGUAUUCAGGAACCGGAAGUUUCUGCUGUUUCUGGUGAUCGUAAUACCAGUCUUGUUUUACACCUGGUCAAAAGCAAGGCAAAUGAUGGGACCAACCCAGGGAAUGUGGAAUGAUCAUCCAGCUAAGUAUCUAUUAGAACUAAGCUUGGAAAAUAGACUGACAGCUUUACGCCAAAGUGCUGAUGACUUUAGUGCACAUAUUCAACAUCAACCUAGACUGAGUGAAGAAAAUGGAUAUGAAAACUUUAUCGGCAAUGGAUUUUUUGGAACUUUUAUAACUGUCAAUAGCGAAUCAUACAUUUAUAUUAGAAAUGAUAGAGUCCUCAAUCUCGAUGUUCCUUAUCGACCGCUUGUCAAGGUUGAAUUUGAACAUACAUUAAAAUCUGCCACUGCAUUGGACUAUGUGAAUGGGAUUGGAUAUUUAAUCACUUGCUACAUGAAUGAUAUUUGUAUAACUUCCGAGUAUUACGCUCAUAGAACCCUUCCCAACAUAUUAGUUCAAGAUAUCGAAGUUAUUAAUCCAGCUAGCUACAACGCCAAGGUUUACUUAUCAAGACACACCUAUCACGAGAAUGCGUGGCUCCAUGUAUCAUCACUAAAACUUUUAAAAAGUGACGUGGGAUCAAGAAAUGAAUCGGAAGAUUUUCAUACAUUCAUUGGCACAGCUGCAAAUGUACGUGGAGAAGAAUUCUAUGUUUCAAUAAUUUCCAUGAAAAUACCUACUCAUUUUUAUGUGAAACCUCGAAGUAAAUCCUCAUGGCAGAUUUUGGCUGCUGUUUGUGAGUCAGAUCGUGACCUGCCUACUAUUGUAGAUAAAGUACAGUUAAAGAAUGAUCUUCUUGAUGAAUGCACUAAGCGAUUGAAAACUGCCUUAAAAAGACAUCCAGUAAAGCUCAGGGAGGACCAUGUAAAUGCAUGGCAGCAAUCGUGGAAUACAGGUAUAUCAAUAAGUCACUCCAAGGCAUCACAGGCUUUAAAUGGGGAUCAAAUAAAUGCUACUAUGUACUACGUUCUGUCCAAUGUUCGCUCUCCUUUUCACGAGGAAACUGGAAACGAACCCCACACUCACAGCUUGGCUAUGCUCAGUGCUCCAGGCUGCUAUGGAAACAUACAUCACACAUUACAAGCUACCAAUCUAUGGCAAGGACUUACCUCAUUCAAUGAAGUAAUGAAAACUGUUCAUUCGUGGCUUCUCACACUAGGAAAACAGGGUUGUGACAACUUGAUUACCUUGGGAGCUUUGGGAGUGACACAAGCCAUGGUCCUCAGUUUUGGAAGCUUCAGAUUCAGCAAGCAGCACCUGGAAUUCAACAUGCAUCCAAAAUUUCUGCACCGGGACUAUACAUUUAGGAGGAUACAAUAUGGCAAUGGGACACAAAUAAAUGUAACGGUUCAACUGCAAGAAGACAACAAGGCCAUUUUGUUAGUUGCGUUGGACAAGUUUGAUCGUCCUUUCUUUGCCUGUGAUGGAGGGUGUUUGGAUGGCCCUGUACAACUUGGCCAACAGAAGAUCCAGUUUCCCGUAAAGUUGACAGAACCAGUAACAGCCAUCCUCUAUAUCAGUCCAGACCGAGACCAUCUUGAGGAUUUACGUCUCGCAAUCCACGUUCAUGAAGUGGGCGAGGCUCCGGCCCAUGAGCAUGGCAUCAUUGCUCUUCACAAACAUGGUCAUCAUCUUGGAGGUCUACCAGGUUUUUUCUGGGUAUCAGUUUGUAUAUUAAUUGUAAUAUUUCAUUUGUUUCUAUUUAAACUCAUCUAUAAUGAAUAUUGUGGAAGUUACCAAGAAAAGAAAAACUUUCAAGACAAACAAAAAGUUCGUUAUUCAAAGUUAUAACUCGGAUGAGACUUGUUUUGUACUUCUUCGAGAGAUAAUUCUCUAAUGAUAGACUGGAAGUGAAUAAUUUUAUACAAACUUAACUAUUUUUAUAUGCAGUUAGUCAUUUUGUUAUUUAUUGUAAAUAGUAAUUUAAGUAAAUGUUUUGUAAGUACUUCUUCAUGCAGUGGCCUAAAGUUGUGGUGAAGUUUGUAAAGUUAGGUGUGAUUUAUAGUAAAUGAAGAUAGAAAAAUCAUAGCAGAAAUAAAAUAGAUAAUUAUUUAAACAGACUGAAAAUCUUUUUGAAUAGGUUUAACAGGGAGUUUAUAAAUACCUUAAUGUAGUGUUUGUUCCUGUUAAUAAGAUAUAAUAAUCAGUAGCCCUGCAAAUUUAAAGAAAACUCUGCUUUUGAGUUUGACCAAGUAGUGUCUUUCUAAGCUUUAUAUCGCUAACAAAUAGUGCAGAUAUAUAAUUUGUUGGAACAAUGUCACAGUUGACAUAAGUCUCUUGUUUGUUUUGUGGUUGUUUGUUUAUGAAUUAUUGUGAUAACAUAGUUUUAAGUUUGAACAAUGAGUGAAUUAGAUGGUAGUUUUUUUUAUGUAAAAAGCUAUCAAAACCACACUGUGGAAUAUUUUCUUUGUUGUUUUUUUACCUAAGUAAGUUCAAUAUCAAGUUUUAUCCUGUAGAUAUCUCUGAAUUUGAUUUUAAAAAACCUGGAAUUUAUAACAUCAAUAAAGAUAAAAUUUAGAGUCAGUCAUUUUUAAAGCUAUAUGAUCCAAAGCGUUUUUAAAGUUCAUAAUUGCGAAGGAUAAUAAUUUGAUUUUAAUUUAGUUCAAUGACUUUUUCUAUGCUACAUAGGAAAUUUAACUUAGCGUAGGAAAAGUCAAUGAACUAAAAUUAAAAUAUUAAAAUAAUCAAUUGAACUUAAAGUAGUGUAUACAUUAUUUUAUAAUCAUCUUAAAAGAUCAUGUUCAUGAUUGUGCUGUAAUAAUUUUUGCUUAUAUUUUGUCCGGAAUAGUUAGUUACUCUGGUCUGAAUAUCAAAUGUUUCUGGAACCAUAAAGUAUUUCUGAUUGUAUACAUUUUUUUUUAUUAAAAACCAUGUUUUUGUUUAAAUAAUUAUGAUUAGUUAUCUUUUUUAUUGCUGUUGAUUACUGCUCUGCACAAAAGCUAUGUGUUAUCCAAAGUAAUAUUAAUUCUUCUCCAACCAUAGCACAGAAAACGUACUACUAUAACCCAGAAUGCCAACCGCAUGGUAAAAAGCAUUAAGCGUUUUGAUAGAGCUUUGCCUGUCAAUCCGUAGGCAGCGCCACCAGCGUUGCUAUGCUAUAGCAUGGCAACGCUGGUGGCGCUGCCUACGGAUUGACAGGCAAAGCGCUCCCAAAACGCUUAAUGCUUUUUACCAUGCGGUUGGCAUUCUGGGUUAUAGUAGUACGUUUUCUGUGACCAUAGCCAUAAAUGUAUUGUCUUGCAGACAAUGUUAGAAUUAUUUUAAACCAGUAAUUAAUAGUCUUUAAAACAUUCCUUUGUACAAUGUGUAUGAUGUUUCAGCACCUAGCAAGUAGCAAACAUUUCAUUUCUAACUCUUUUAUCUUAACUGAUUCUAGAAACUGAAUCUAGUCUGUGAUAAACAUUGUUUGACCUGUAAAGUAUUGAGAGUACCUGCUUGUGUUUUCAGACCUGAAGUAGCUCACUGGCUUUUCGUUUAAACUUGAUUUAAAUAUGUUGAGAUGUAAAAUGCUUAGCUGAAAUAGCUAUGUUAACAUGUAUAAUAGAUAGCUGAAAUAUUUAUAAUGUUGUGAUUGUUUUGUUAAAGGUCCAAUUGUAUUCUGAUAACCAAAGUUUAUUUCUUCUUCUUGUUCUGUCAAAUAAAAACCCAAAGC